AUACGCUCAUUUCAAAAUGGAAUUUGAAUUUAUAGCAAAUGGAGAGGAAAUACACCAAAACGGUGUGGGAACAUCAACUAUUGCUACAAAUACAAAUGCGAUUGCACCUUUUCGCGAUCGCUAUACACAAACACAAAGCCAAACAAGAAAUGUUGGCAUACAAUGCCGGCUGGGAAGCCACGACGAUGAUGACGACGACGAAGAUGACAACGAAUGGCUAACUUUAAAGGAAGACAACGAACAGGGAACAGGAUUUGAUCUCUUUGUUAGCGAAAAUACCACCAUAUCUCCCAAUGGCAUGUUGCAGUGCGGAAUAUGCGGUCAAGUUGCCAACCUGUUGGUGGAGCUUCAAAUGCACAUAGAAGUUGAACAUUUUGAACAGACUGCGCUCUGCUUUACCUGUGGCAAAUUGCUAGCUAAUCGAAAAUUGUUAGAACGCCAUGAAUAUUCAUGCCGCCGACCUGUCAUACGCCAACAAUGUCCCCACGUACAAUGUGACUUUAUGUAUAGUUCAAUGAUGCAGUUGCGCCUCCACUUGCAAAGGCAUGUAAAUGUGUAUUCUUGUCUCGGCUGCCAAAGAAAGUUUCAAGCAAUUACCCAGUUUAUGGAGCAUCGUAAGCCGGGCUGCGAGCAUGCGUAUCUCAGCCAAAGUGCAACCACGUGCCGCCAAAAGAAGAAUCUCAAACGCUGCACGGUUUGCACAAAAAGAUUCAGCAACGCGCGAACUUGUGCCUGGCAUAGAAAGCGCUGUCUCCGUGCACAUUACAAGCGAUUGAAGAGAUUGACAGAUCGUCAAUAUGCUUAAUUAAAAAUUAAUUUUAUUUAUAU